CCUCACCCCCGCAACCUCAGCGCCACUGAGCUCCGGGCUCCCCCUUAUGUGUAUCCCGAGUGGGGGCGCAGUCAGCUGCUCGAGGGCGGGGCCUGCGCUCGGGAGGUGCUUAAACCAACGCAUAGAGUAGGGGGCGCUUCGUCCAGUCAGGCUGAGCGCCCAGAAGGAAGCCCGUGACCGGCCAGGCGCGCGGCUCUGUCCCCCGGAGCCGGCCUGCGCGAGAAGCCUCAGACUCCGUGGGCCGGCCCGGCCCGGGCUCGUUCGGUCGGACACAAAGGAGGCCGCGGCGGGAGGAGGGAAUCGGCCUACCCCACGUGACCGCUUCCGCCCACUCCAGUCGUCCCCUCGGCCAUUGUCCCUGGCCGGGGCGUGUUCGCCCCGCCCCCUCGGGCUUCCCGCCUUGGCUCUAGCGAGACCCACCUCUCAAAAUUGAGGCCGGAAGUGGGUGCCGGAUACGAAGAGAGCAAAGCUGCAGAGGAGGUAGCAGGAUCAGGGCGGCGGCUGCCCGACCAGAGGGGGCGCUGUGGGGCCAGGGGAACCUAAAGGGCGGAGGGCCAUGGCGACCUCGGCGGCGGCCACGGCCUCGGCCUCGGCCUCGGCGGCGGCCGCAGAGGCGGUGCACUACAUCCACCUGCAGAACUUCUCGCGCUCCCUGUUGGAGACCCUGAACGGGCAGCGGCUCGGCGGGCACUUCUGCGACGUGACCGUGCGCAUCCGGGAGGCCUCGCUGCGGGCGCACCGCUGCGUGCUGGCGGCCGGCUCGCCCUUCUUCCAGGACAAGCUGCUGCUGGGCCACUCGGAGAUCCUGGUGCCGCCCGUGGUGCCGGCGCAGACCGUGCGCCAGCUGGUCGAGUUCCUGUACAGCGGCUCCCUGGUGGUGGCGCAGAGCGAGGCGCUGCAGGUGCUCACGGCGGCCUCCAUCCUGCAGAUCAAGACCGUCAUCGACGAGUGCACCCAGAUCAUUUCGCAGGCGCGCGGAGCCGGCUCGCGGGGGCCGGAGGAUGGGGCCGCGGGGCCCGCUGCCGCCGCCUCGGCCGAGCUCUGCACGCCGGGGCCCGGGCCGGGGGGGCCGGGACCGGGACCCGGGGGGGCUGAGGUCCGCUACAAGCUCCGAGACCUGCUCUCCGCGCAGCAGCAGCGGGCGGCGGCGGCCACGGCCACGGACGCCGGGCCCCACGGCUGUCACAGCCGCAAGCAGAGACAGCCCGUCCGCCUGCAGCUGCUAGAGCCUCUGGCCGUGGUGAUCAAGGAUGAAGAGGGAGAAACCUCGCCCACGCGCGCGGCCACCGCGGGGUUGGGGGGUCCGGAAGGGAUCCGAGAAGGCUCGGGCCCGGGAGAUGGGGCGGAGGAGGAAGAGGAUGACGACGAGGACGACGACGAGGAUGGGGCUGAGGAAGAAGAGGCUGGCGGGGGUGGCUGCUUUAGCCAGUGUGGGGGAGGCUUCUUCAGCGAGGGCCUCAAAGAGCCCCGGAAGGACCCCCCAGCCGCGGUGCCAGAUUUGCCUCCCUCGGAAACCCCCGGGGGGAGAGACUAUUUCGGCGCGGCCUCGGAAGAGGUGUUCCCCGAGAGCUUUAUCCCCGUGUGGCCCAACGAGGAGGUGGCUGAGGGGGGACCCCGGGAUGCGGCUCCUGCGGCUCUAGAGAGCCCGUCCCAGGCUCCUGCCCGGCCCGACUGCAGCAUGGGGCCUCCUCCCAGUUCAGGCUUCGGACCUCGACCUCCUGAGCCCCGAACCCUGGGCUUUCCCGGUCCCACGUCUGCCGUGAAGGGCGCGGGGGCUCCUGGUCUCUUCCCCUUCCACCUGCCAGCUCCUCCCCCGGGACCCCCCCAGCCUCCGCCCUUCUUCAGCCCCCUCCAGGCAGAAGGCUCUGCAGGGGGAGGCGGGGGAGUCUCCGCCGCCUCCGCUUCGGCAGCUGCUGGACUGGGGGGAUUGGGUCCCAUUCAGAUCCAGCAUAAUGAAGGUCCUGGUCCACCCGCGCCCCCAGUGCCGGGGCCCCGGCCCCCGGAGCUGCCUUCCUACGAGUGCAGUCACUGUCAGAAAACUUUCAGCUCACGCAAGAACUACACGAAGCAUAUGUUUAUUCACUCAGGGGAGAAGCCCCACCAGUGCUCGGUGUGCUGGCGCUCCUUCUCGCUCCGAGAUUACCUCCUCAAGCACAUGGUCACCCACACGGGGGUCCGGGCCUUCCAGUGUUCCGUCUGCUGCAAGCGCUUCACUCAGAAGAGUUCCCUCAACGUGCACAUGCGCACUCACCGGCCCGAGCGCGUCCCCUGCCCGCUGUGUGCCAAGGUCUUCUCCCACCGUACGCUCCUGGAAAGGCACCUCAGUUCCCACCCUGCCCCCUGACCCCUGCCCAGCCCCCAGCUCUCCCCCAGCCACUCUGUUCCCAAGCUGGUUCCAAGGGACUCUUGUGCUCUCCCUUUCCCUCAAGCCCCAGAACCUUGGACUCUUCUAGUGGAAGGGGUGAGGUGGCCUCUGGCGAUCUAAACCUUCGGGGAGGCUCUAGCCUGCCUUCACCCUCAGCUCCAUCACUCUUCUUGCUGAGCCUUGGACUCGCUGCCAGGGGAAGUGUGGGGGUGGGGCGUCCUAUUGGUUGGGAGGGGAGCCACCCAGACGGGCCUUGUCUGUGCCGCUGUACGUGGCCCGCUUUUUUUUUUUUUUUUCUUUUGGGCAUUUAGAGUCUUCCCUGUGACUGCAGGUUUUUAUUUUUAUUUUUUUUUUUUUUGGUGAAAGAAAACAAAGUGGUGCAUUCAUAAAGUUAUAUUGAAAAGUCCCGGCUGGAUAGCAAUGCAUCUCUAGCCCCUUCCUCACCUAUGGACUCCAAAAGUCAAGGGACCCACGAAGGGUGGUGGCUACAGGGUGUUCCUGUCGGGGUAGGCAAUGCUGCGCCCUCCCUCCCUCUCACCGUCCCCACCCCCCGCGGCAAGACCUUCGGGCCACAGGAGGACGGCGCUGGAGGUCGGGGUGAUGGGACUGUAGGGAGACAAGGGUGGGUGAUUGGGGCUUCCGUGGGCUUGGAACGCUGGGUCAAGGAUUUGCAUUUUUCUUGGUGAGUGAUGGGCAGCCUUUCGAUCUGGGGGUUUACCCUUGUCCAACUUGGGGGAAGGAUCCGAAAGGAUCUUCCCAGGUUGGGCUGAAUGGAAUAGGAUGACGUUCUGGAGGGGUCAAGGGUUUGCAAGGAGGAAGAGCAGCAUCGCUCCAACCCUAAGGAAGGGCCCCGCUGAAGCUCUGCUCUGGGCAGGGAGCCACGCAGCCAUUGCCCUUUCUCCCAUCAACCCCCCCUCCCAUCCCUCCCUGCUUUUCGUUCUCCUUCUGCUAGAAUGUGAGCUCGAGGGCAGACAUUGUCUUUUUGCUUGUAUCUGUAAACCCAGUGCGUAGUAGUGCCUGGAACGUAGGAGGCAAUUUAAUAAAUGCUUGUUGACUGAC